AUGUCCUCCAUAAUCAAAGUUCUACCUCUCGAGAUCAUAUCCCUCAUUAUCGAAGACCUGGGUAGCGAUGAACACCCAAGUCAAUCUCUCAAAUCAUGCGCUUUAUCGUGCCAAACAUUUCUUCCUCUUUGUCAAAAAGAACUGUUUCGGAAAAUGUCGCUUCUAGACGACAGAACACGCUCGACGUUCGUGGAACUUGUUCGGCAGAGCCCCCGGCUAGCUCAACAUGUAAGAGAGCUCGCCUAUGCGCCAAAAGCAGAGGAGUGUGUAGACAGCUUAGAUACAGACACCUCCAUCUCGGCACUCCUCCACGUAUUCAAAAAGCUGAGGCGCAUUACAAUCACAUUUCCCGGUCCUCGCAGAUCUUCAUUUCAGGACUGGCAACAGUUAUCCCCAUCCUUGCGAUCGACUCUUCUGUCACUUCUGCAUCUCCCACUCAUCACUUCCAUUCGCUUGAGGAAUAUCCGUAACUUCGAUUACUUUGACCUUGUGCCAUGUACUGGUCUCAGGGAGCUCGAUUUGCACGAAGUUUUACCAGUGGAAUUGGGUAAUGCAUAUUCAAUGCUUCGUUCGGCCCUCCCAGUCAAACCAAUCCAGCUUCAAAGACUCAAACUAACCGACCAACACCCAAACGAAAAGAAGGUUGUGCCCUCUUUUACGGAAAUUUCACGUAUAGUGAAGUAUAACCGCAAUGAUUCUGCAUCAGUUCUGGAUUUGGCUGGGCUGGUAGAUGUGGCAAUCACCCAACUUGUCGAUUUGGGAAUCGCAUCCAAUAUCAUCAAGAGAAGCUGGUCUUUGAAAAGUGUUGUCCUUGGAUUCUCAUUCUACAACCCAGACGUUAUCAUCGACUGA